GGGCGGCUUCGUCAAGCCCCGUCCCCAGCCCGGCCUACCUGCAGGGGUGCCCGCCCAUGGGGACUGGGCCUGGCCGCUCGGAGCCGCGGGCCGGGCGUGCUGCCCGGGUGCCCCGGGCCGUGGCGGCGGUGGUGGCGGCGGUGGCCGCGCUGGUGACCGCUCAGCUCCUGCGGGGGCUGGAGGACGCGGGGCCGGGGGCCGGUUAUAGCAUGACGGACACGGUGGACGCGCUGGCCAAGCUGCGGGAAGACUUCAGGAUGCAAAACAAGUCUGUCUUCAUCCUGGGAGCCAGCGGGGAGACCGGCCGAGCGCUCCUGAGCGAGGUGCUCCAGCAGGGCCUGUUCGCCAGAGUCACGAUCAUUGGUCGGAGGAAGCUGGACCUUGACGGGGAGGCGUACAAAAACGUGAAUCAAGAAGUAGUGGACUUUGAAAAGUUGGAUGACUACAGUUCUGCCUUCCAAGGUCAUGAUGUUGGAUUCUGUUGCUUGGGAACCACCAGAAAAAAGGCUGGGGCGGAGGGAUUUAUUCGUGUUGAUCGAGAUUAUGUCCUCAAGUCUGCAGAACUGGCAAAAGCUGGAGGGUGUAAGCAUUUCAAUUUGCUAACGUCUCAGGGAGCUGACAAGUCGAGCAACUUUUUAUAUCUGCAAAUUAAGGGAGAAGUGGAAGCCAAGGUUGAAGAAUUAAAUUUUGACCGUUACUCAAUAUUUCGGCCUGGAGUUCUGUUAUGUGACAGGCAAGAGUCUCGCCCAGGUGAAUGGUUCGUCAGGAAAUUCUUUGGCUCCUUACCUGAUUCUUGGGCCCGUGGGUACUCUGUACCAGUGAUAACCUUGGUUAGAGCGAUGCUGAACAACGCCGUGAGACCAAGUGACAAGAAGAAGGAGCUGCUGGAAAACAAGGCCAUCCAUGAGCUGGGGAACGCCAGCGACUCUCUCAAGCCCUAACCACACAGAAAAUGCCCCUGUAAGCGUCAAGGCCCCUCACUGAAUCAGUGGCUUUCAUAGCCUUAAACAAGUCAGCAUGCUUUAACUUUGAACUUUCACUCAUCUCACCUGCCCAGAUCUGGUUGGAAAUGAUUGUGCUAUGUCCCAGUGGCUCAGUCUGGUUGUAUGUGUAUACACGGUAUAUUCUGGUUU